AUGAAUGGCGACGGAGAUGGAGCCUCUUGUGAAACGCUCCAUCGCGACACGGUCCACCAAAUCACUUUCGACCACAACGGCCGCCGACUUGCCACCUGCUCAUCGGACAUGACGGUCGGGAUUUGGGAGCGAACGCCCGAGGGAAAGUGGAAGCGAAGCGCCUUCUGGAAAGUGCACGGAGGACCCGUUUGGCGAGUGGCGUGGGCGCAUCCCGAAUUUGGACAAAUAAUCGCUACCUGCUCAAACGAUCGAUCGGUUCACAUAUGGGAAGAAGUAUCCGAAGAAGAACGAGAUGAACAAACGAAAUGGGCAAAGAGAGCAUACCUGGCGGACAGUCGUGCCAAUGUAACCGACGUGAAAUUUGCGCCUCGUCACCUUGGAUUGCAGCUUGCAACGGCCUCGGCACAAGGAAAGGUACGGCUCUAUGAAGCCGCUGAUGCGAUGGAUCUCUCUCGGUGGUCUCUCAAUCAAGAAUUAGAUCCAUUUGCUUUCACGGGUGCUCGAUGUGGCUGUAUUUCUUGGUCAACGCUAUCUCUGUGUCGCCCUCUACUAGCUAUUGCUUCAGAUGAUCCAAAACCGUCGAUUCACUCAGGUCAACGCAUCGUUGUCUACGAGUUUUUUGAGGAGAAACGCAAAUGGCAGCCCGUUCACUCGAUUGUCUUCAAUCUUGCUCUGCCAGUCAACGAUAUGGCUUUUUCACCGAAUCCAACUUCCGAAUAUCAUCAGCUCGCAAUCGCCUCACAAGACGUUCGAAUCUUCAACAUCAAGAUUCCAAAGACCGCAUUUUAUGGAGAAGAAAACAAUGCGAGCGAAGAAGCAAAUGAUACCUAUGAAACGCAUCAAAAAAUGAGCGACGAGGAAAUCGCCAACUUCAGCAUGUUGUCGAUACAGGACAACGACGAGGGGGAGACGUUCUACUCGGCAGAGGAAAGCAACAAGGAGAAUAGUUUCCCCUACAAGACGGCGUCCAGGGCACACGAUAGUACGUCGCUAAGUUUCGUCGAAUCGCCUACAUCAAGUAAUGCAAAGGAGUAUGUGCUGACUGACUCGUCGGAUGAGGAAUCGAUGAUGCUGCAACGCAAGAGAAAGUCCGAAGCAAAAUUGUUGGACGACUCGAUUGUCGUGACGAAUCAACAUGGGAAAAAGGCUCAUCUCUCUGACACAAAUUCACGGAACAAAGAAAAGAAGGUCUUCGACAUUUCAUCUGAUGCCUCAUCUGACAAAUCGCCUACUCAAAGGAGAGUAUCGGUUUCAAUCAGCGAUAGCGAAGAGGAUGGAAAGGCUUCGAAUAUUCAACUGGACUCGUCUUCGUCGUUCUCGAAUCAACCAGUCAAUCCUAGACGGAUGAUAAUAGAAUUAAGUGACUCGGAAGAAGAUUUAAAGAAACCACCACAAAUACACAACAUUUCAUCUGCUACAUCAACUUCAAAUCAAUCGAUUAAACCGAUAAAGAUUGAAGAAAUCUUUAUUAAUGAAUCCGAUACGGAACAAAAUGACAGACAGGAAGAAUCCUCAAAUGCGUCGUCAAGCUCCUGUGCGUCGAACUCAAACGAAUCGAAGCCUUACAAGUGUAGAAAGGUUGUGAUCGAGGAUUCGGACUCUGACUCUGGCUCAAAUGACGAUAAAAAAGUAGUGCCUUUGUUCAACACCUCGAAUGCAAGCACGAAAAGCUCCUCGCCGGAUACAAGAGAUGAACGGAAGUAUUCAGGCAACUUAUCGGAUGCAAUCACCGAGAGUUUGAAUCAAACCAUGCAAAGUCUACGCAUCAAGAUGGAAGAUGACGAAGAUGAUAGAAGUGCCACAUCAAACGACGACGAUGCAACUGGUUUUACGCGAAAGAAUGUGGAGGACACUGGGUUGGAUGGAGCUGUUCCCCGAAACAAGGCCGUUUCUUCGCUACCCGCUGGUCCGUCUACCAUCAUUUAUCAACCUGGCAAGGAAGCAUACUAUCUCCGCUCACUUCAGAGACAACUCGAUUCAAAGCCUGUUCCUGAUAAGGAUCUCGCCGAAACACCGGAAUGGAUGAGUGUGCAAUUGCUUCCACAUCAACAGUACGGUCUUAAUUGGAUGAAAUGGCGCGAGGAAAGCAGCACUGGAGGCAUUUUGGCCGAUGAGAUGGGACUCGGGAAAACAACAUCAGCGAUUUCUCUCAUCACUUCUUUUUUGAUCGGGUUACAGAAUGAGGAAUUUCUCAAGGCAGCCAGGGAAAAUCGUACGCGUUUAUUAAACAAGGCAAUUCAAGAUUCUGGAAGAAAAAUGACAGGAACUUUCUCAACAUUGGUGGUCGUUCCCUCCCGGGAUAAUUUGGAUGAUAAAGUGUUACGCCGGGCAGAUGUUGUGCUGACGACUUACGACAUUUUGAAAAACGACGUUCUAAGGAAAUCACAAGGGAAUAAGAUUGUUUUCAACGAUCAUGCCGCGAUUCGCAAAGUCUAUUGGAAGCGGGUUAUACUCGACGAGGCCCACACAAUCAGGAACACCGCAACUCAAAUCAACAGUGCUGUGAUGGAUAUCGAAGCCGAAUGCCGAUGGGCUAUGACGGGAACACCAGUACACAAUAAGUUAGCCGACUUUUAUGCACUAGUCAGUUUUCUUCGAAUCAUGCCCUUUGCUGAUCCCGGCUUUUGGAAAGAGAAGAUGAGCGACGAUACACCUGCAGCUCGCAAUCGCUUGAACGCACUGGUCGGAACAAUUCUUCUACAUCGCGACAAAGCAAUCCUACGACUUCCGGACCGAACAAACCAUAUGCAUCGUGUGCAUCUGGAGGGAGACGAGUCAAAAGCCUAUGAUCUAAUGCUGCUAGCGUCACAACAAAAGGUGAAGCAAUUCUUGGACGAAAAAAGCGGCCAUUUUCCGCGAUCGACACGUUCGCAAGAUAUCCCAAAUGUCUUUCAAGGAGCCAUGCAAAAAAAUGGAAAGAUGAUGAUGCAUGUGAUUCUGGCCGUGCUUCUACGACUUCGACAAGCCGCGAUCCAUUUCUGUCUGACUAAAGAGGCUUUAACGAUGGACGCUUUCGAUGGAGUACUUGAGCCAUUAAACGAAACAGAAGCCGAGGAGAUUGAUGGCGACAUUUCUACAAUUAAGGAUGAGAACAAGUAUGCCAUAUUCGAUGCGAGCGUUAGAAGCAAGAAAUUGCAAAAGGUUAUGACAUUGAUCAACGAGAUUGUGAAGAAGGGAGACGACGUCGUUGUCGUCAGUCAAUUCGUGAGCGUCCUGCGAUUGCUGGCCGUUUAUUUGAAUGAGGACAACAUUCGAUAUCUUAUCUUCGACGGAUCGCUCAAUCGGGACAAGAAAGGCGAAGUCAUCAAUGCGUUUGUGAGGGAGAAGCGUGUGCCCGUCCUCCUGCUUUCACUCACUUCGGGAGGCACCGGAUUAAACAUCCAGACUUGCGCCAAUAUGAUUAUCGUCGACCCGCACUGGAAUCCCCAACUCGAAGAGCAAGCCUGCUCCCGAAUUCAUCGCCACGGACAGAAGCAAGCGGUUCAAAUUCACAAAUUUUGCUGCGAGGGAACGAUCGAGGAACGAGUAGUGCAGCUACAGGAAAACAAGUUGAAGCUUGCAUCGGGAAUCUUAUCAGGACGAACGGAAAAGGGAAACAAAUUGACGUUGGACGACUUGCGCUUCUUGUUUUCGAUGGAGAAGAGAAUGCCAGCCAAGAAGAAGAAAGCUCCACUACAGAACUACGACCUUCCGAUACGCGAUUAC